ACACAUCCCUUAUUUUGCCAUUGUGAAUUAUAAAAAUUGGUGUAAAAAAAAGGUGCAAAGUGAAAAAAUCAACUUCGGUCUUCGCUUCGUAAUUUUUCCUGCAAAAAUUCGUAUCAAAAAACGAUACAAAAUUGACGAAAUAAACGCGGCAAUCAAGCCAAGAAGCCACAUUCUUCUUCAAUUCCACAAAAUUCACAAAGAAUGGCAACAAAUAACUAUUUCCCAUAUAGCGGAGCACAAUACGGUGCUGCCGCAUCCAGUCCCCCAGUCGGCUACUCCGCCAACCAAACUGGCUAUGCAGUAACAUCAGCUACGCCCACAACCUACAAUGCCCAACGAACGGGCUACGAUCAGGGCUAUACCACAGCCGCCGGAGGCAAUGCCAGUUCAUUUGCAACCGGCGGCGCAGCCGGUGCGUCAUCCAAUUACGGCUAUGACUACAAUCGCACCUUACAAUCAUAUGAUUCAUCCAAAACCUAUUACCAACAAGCUGCGAGCUAUUCGAGUGCCCCAACUGUCUCCAAAACUCAUUAUUCUGCUCCCCCGGUAAGAAAUCCCACUCCGGCUGCUGCCGCUAAGAUGGCAGCCAAUUCCUCAGCGGCCAAUGGAGCCAAAGACAAGGCUAAUGCUGGUGCCAAGCCGGCAGCAACAGCAGCCGCCACAGUAGCUCCGUCUUACUCCAAUUACGAUGCUGCUUUGUAUAGCGCAGCUACAAUGUAUGUUGCCCAGCAGCACAAUAAGACACCAACAACAAAUAGCAAUUGGCAACCGUUUAAAAAGCAAGGUGGUGCCACUUCGGGUAGUCAUAAAAUGAGAGCUAAAGCUCCUCCUCGUCCUCAGCAACUUCAUUAUUGUGAAGUUUGCAAAAUUAGUUGUGCUGGGCCACAAACCUAUCGCGAGCAUUUAGAAGGGCAAAAGCAUAAGAAGCGAGAGGCUAGUCUCAAGAUGCAAGCUAGUGCCACUACAACCACACAGAAUCGUGGUAACAGUUAUCACUGUGAGCUCUGUGACGUCACUUGUACUGGGAACGACGCCUACGCUGCCCAUGUCCGGGGCUCGAAGCAUCAGAAAGUUGUAAAGCUUCACCAAAAACUGGGUAAACCCAUUCCCUCGGAUGACCCUAAGAAAAUGAGCAAGAUAAACUUUGUUCCAGCUGGAGCCGAGGUUAGUGACUCGGCCAGCAAAGAUGGGGUAGUUGCUGUCGAAGGUGGAUCUGAGAGUUCACCCACGAAAUCGACCGCUGGCGAGGAUAGCAGUGCUGCCUCAGAUAAUAUCAAGCCAGUUGGUGUAGAGUACAUUGAGGAGAUGAAAGACGAUGAGGGUAAGAUCCUCAGUUUCAAUUGCAAACUGUGCGAUUGCAAAUUUAAUGAUCCCAAUGCCAAGGAGAUGCACAUGAAGGGACGUCGUCAUCGACUGCAAUACAAACGUAAAGUCCAACCGGAUCUCGUAGUUGAUUAUAAACCAACUCUGAGGCAUCGGCGUUUGGCUGAUGCUCGGGCACAAAGAGCAAUGAUGCAGGCAGAGUUUGGCAAUAGCAGGCGGGGAAGCAAUUUCGGAACUAAUGACGAAUCUGGUGACGGGAUGAUGUAUUGGGAUGAACGUCGUCGAUUUGACGAUGAAUUCGAUUAUGGCAAUUGGAUGCAGAGGGGUUUCCAAGGUGCCGGGCCGAGAGGUGGGCCGUUCUUGGGUCGAGGAGGAGGUGGUCCGCCUGGACAUCCAUUCUUUGGGAUGAUGCCGGGUCGUAGGCCGGAAAGUACUGACGAUCGCCAUGCAAUAGCUAGACACGCUGAAAUCUAUCCCAAAGAGGAAGAAUUGAAAACCAUCCAGAAGAUUGUAUCAAACACAGAACGGGCUUUGAAGUUUGUAUCUGAUGUGUUUGAAGAGAGUUCUCAGGAAAAUAACAAGAACACAGCCACAAGUGGGGAAAAGAAGCCAGAUGAAAAGUGUGCCAAUAUCAAAGAUGGCCGCGACAAUCAAAUGUUUUCGUUUCAAAAAGAAAACGAAAAUGGAGCCAAUACUCCACGUUUGCUUAAAGGAGUCAUGCGAGUGGGUUACUUGGCUAAGGGUCUUUUACUCCAGGGUGACAGCUUAGUUGAGUUGGUUGUACUGUGCUCGGAGAAGCCAACUUUGGGCCUAUUAAAUCGUGUGGCCGAUGAACUGCCAGCCAAAUUAAAAGAAGUAUCAUCCAGCAAUAAUGCCAAUGAGGCUGAAUAUCGAGUCGAAUUGGCGAUAAAAGAUUCAGCUAUCCUCGUCUCGGAUGAAUCAGUUUCGGUGAAGAUUUGUCUUACAUCUCCUUUACUACGGGAAUCUCAAGAUGCCACUGGAGGAGGUGAUGAUUCACAAGAUUUGCCCCAAAAACCGUCUGAUUUUCUGCCACGCGAACCUUGUUUACAGGCUUUGGCUGAGCUACGUCAUGCCAAAUGGUUCCAGGCUAGAGCAACUGGAUUGCAAUCGUGUGUAAUGGUCAUUCGUAUUUUGAGGGAUUUAUGUCAACGGGUGCCCUCUUGGCAGGCCAUUAACCAGUGGGCUCUGGAGCUCCUUAUCGAGAAGGUAAUUUCUUCGGCCGGGUUUCCCCUUAGUCCAGGUGAUUGCCUGCGACGCAUUAUGGAAGCCAUUUCUACAGGUCUGCUUAUAAAUGGACCCGGUAUUCUGGAUCCAUGUGAAAAGGAACAUCGUGAUGCCCUCGAUGGGCUUACCAAACAGCAACGCGAAGAUUUAACAGUCUCCGCUCAGCAAUUCCUCAGGCUUAUUGCAUUUAGACAGAUCUUCAAAGUUCUCGGCAUGGACCAAUUGCCGGUGGUUAAGUUCCCCAUGCGUCCAUGGCGCAUUAAUCGUAAACGUCGUCGCUCAGUCGGUGAUGGUAACAAUGAUGGAGGUGAUGACAAGCCCGAAGAGAAGCUAAUCAAGAAGGAGAAUGGUGGUUCUGAUUAAAUUCGCAAAACCUCCUCCACACAUACAAUUUAACAAAAAAUUGGGUAUUUUUUUUUUUUUUUUUUUUAAUAUUUAAGGUUUUAGUAAUUAUUCAUAUUAAUUAAUAUAAAUAUAACAAUACAAGAUGAAGAGGUAGAAAAACUAUUGGUUUUACUUACUGCAAAUAUCUUGGAAUAAUUUCUAGAAAAAAAAAAUGUUUUAUAAAAAAAUUCUUGUCACAAAAAAAAUGUUUAAAAACUUAAAAAAAAAGUUGUAUUUGCAAUCGAAUCAAAUUUAAGAUUCCAGGAUAUUCUCGUUGUAAUGAAAACAAACAGUCCUACCUUCAUCGUGUAUAUCUCAAUUUAUAAACUCUAGACGAAAAAAACAGAACAAACAUAUAUACAACUUGCAAGGCAGUAAGCAUAUUAACUUUGACAAAAUAACAAAAAAAACAAUGAGAGAAAUCUUACUAAGAGAGAAAAUUCAAACGGCACUUCUGCCCCCGCGGUUUAAUUCAAAUAAAAAAAAAAAAAGAAAAAAACAAAAAAAAAAAAAAAAAACAUAAA